UAAAAUAUUCUCCUGAAAUUCAUCACCAACAACCGGGAUAUUUAACAAGAGCAAUGUUAAACUGCUGAAAGAGUUGAAGCACCAGCCAUCCAGAAGAAUCUCCAGAACAUACACAAAUUGCUGCAUUUAACAGACAAAUGAAGCCAAGUCCCGACAUGGAGAAACAUCAGCACUCUGUCAAGAGUUUUACUAAACAGAGUAAUCUCAAAAAACACCAGCGCAUUCACACAGGAGAGAAACCGCAUCACUGCUCAGACUGUGGGAAGAGUUUUACUGAACGGAGUAGUCUCAAAAAACACCAGCGCAUUCACACAGGAGAGAAACCGUAUUACUGCUCAGACUGUGGGAAGAGUUUUACUGAACGGAGUAGUCUCAAAAAACACCAGCGCAUUCACACAGGAGAGAAACCGUAUCACUGCUCAGACUGUGGGAAGAGUUUUAAUCAGCAGUGUAAUCUCCGAAAACACCAGCGCAUUCACACAGGAGAGAAACCGUAUUACUGCUCAGACUGUGGGAAGAGUUUUACUCAACAGAUCAAUCUCCGAAUACACCAGCACAUUCACACAGGAGAGAAACCGUAUUAUUGCUCUGACUGUGGGAAGAGUUUUAAUCAACAGAGUACUCUUCAAAUACACCAGCGCAUUCACACAGGAGAGAAACCGUAUUACUGCUCAGACUGUGGGAAGAGUUUUACUGAACCGAGUACUCUCAAAAAACACCAGCGCAUUCACACAGGAGAGAAACCGUAUUACUGCUCAGACUGUGGGAAGAGUUUUAAUCAGCAGUGUAAUCUCCGAAAACACCAGCGCAUUCACACAGGAGAGAAACCGUAUUACUGCUCAGAUUGUGGGAAGAGUUUUACUCAACAGAGUAAACUCAAAAAACACCAGCACAUUCACACAGGAGAGAAAUCUCCAUCUUAGAUCAGUUUGAAGGCAAUUAAAAGGCAAAUCAUAAGUCUUUUGGACACAAAUGUUUAACCUUGUCAAUAAACUGAAUUUAACAAUGGAUUUUACAGGUUCAGCAAAAUUAAUCUUAAUCAUCGA